AUGAAAAUUUUGAUCGAACAUAGACGCCUUUUGUCUGAUAAAUGUAGUGAAAACAUUGAAAAAAUCCAAGCUGAUUUAACCAAGUACUUGGAGAAUCCAGACUAUGAACGGCUUUUAAAGAGAAUGUACGAACGUACUGAUAAAUUUCAGGAGGACUUAGUUUUAUCUAAAAAUAAGAAACUAGAGAGAGAUAAUAACGACUAUUUAAAAAACCAAGUCUAUACCUACAAUAGGCCAACACAAUUAACUUCAGAAGAAAAUGUGGAGACUCCUGAAAAUGUAUCAGGGGACAGGGAGAUACAACCACCACAUAACAAUUAUACUAACCAAGGGACCAAUUUUACAGAUAAUAAACAUAGAUCUAAACACCAUCCUAAUUACAGACAACCUAGGAGACAGGAAUAUACCCACUCACAUUCUAACUAUCAUCACUCUCAAAACAGACAUUAUCAAACGAGAUCAGAAAAUCAUGAACAACUGUAUCACCACCAGCAAUACCCACAAACUAGACAGGAACCAUGGAAUAGACAAUCUUACUAUAACAGAUAUGAACAUAAUAGAAAUGAACCAUGGAACAGACAACAACGUCCUGACAACUUUAACCAACAUGACCAACAUUACAGACGAGACAGUUAUAAUAGAAACUAUGAGACUCCUAGAAUUUAUAGACCCAAUCAGAGAGAACAAGAGAUGAAUAAUUACAGAUUUCGAGAACAAAGGUCUUAUCAUCCAGACCAUAGAACACAUAGUCCAUCCAGGAAUAGAACUAGAGACCAAGACUAUCACCAAAAAACUUCCUAA